ACAGUAUUGGUGCAAGUCAUUGGAAUCAAUAUAUAUAGUCUUCUGCCGGAGAUAAAAUUGAUAACUCGUGAUCCUGUCGCUGGUUUAGGCGACCUAGAAGCUGAAUGGAAUCCUCUUAACGGGUGUCAUUUACGCAGAAGGCAUUUUCCUCAUCGUGAUCCAAUUAGAAUGGAAGGUGAUUUGGGUAGUGAAUACAAUUGUUUGUAUACUACUAAAGAACUCACAUGCAAAGAUCGUACCGUGAUCCAAUUACACUUCAAGGAGAUUUAGGCGAAGAAGUAGAUAUGUUUAGACCACAUGGUGGUAGGCCAAGAAAUAGAAUUGAUCAUGUUUCAAGAUCAGAUUCUAUCAGUGGUCGAUGUUGUGAAAAUGAUGCGGAAAAUCAUUCAAUCAGUCAAUACAAUGGAAGACAAUGUAACGAAGAGAAUACAAAACGAUAUUCUUAUCUUGCAACAGAUCCAAUAACUCAUUCACUGCCAGAAACAAAACUGGUUCGAUCUCAGUCAGUUCGACAUUAUAAAGAAGCAUGGGCUACACGUGAUCCAAUAGGUUACAUGCACAGAGCUAGUAUAUCGUAUAAAGCAGAUAAAGUUCGAGGAAUGAAACAUUUUCCAAAUAAUAAAAAUAAUAAUGUUCCUGUAACUCGUCGACAAUCUAUGAAUUAUCAUCAUAGACAACAGUAUCGUCCUCAGUUGACAUGCACUGUCCAAAAAUCUAGAUCCAAUACCCUCAGAGCAAAUGCCGAUCCAAUUACACAUCAACAGAAAACUAUAUCUUCUGAUCAAUCGUCAAUUGGAUUGAACGAUGAUGAUACAUCAACAAUUGGUGGAGAUUUCAAUGAAUUAACAACAACUAUAGGCAAUGUGCCUGUAUCUUCAGAGAAUAGAAAAUUAAUAAGGGCUCUUCGAAAUCCUAUCACUGGUGAAGGAAUGUGUGAUAGUGAUUAUAUUGAUCUACUCAAAAUACCAAGUGAAUAUUAUUUUCGAAGAAAUCGAGACACUUUAUCAUCAACAAUAAAUCUACAUCCACAAUCAUUAGUGACAAAGCCAUCAACAGGGACAACACCUUCAACUACUAAUACUACUACUACUGCCACCGCCGCUGCUCCUGCUGUUGUUAAAAAGGUACCGCCUACUCAAAAAGAACCACAUUCAGUGAGUAAACCGACGACGACUGCAAACAAACCAAGACAUCAAACACCACCGCCACCAGUAGCAACAGCAUCAGCUUCGACACCUCAAACAUCAAAGUCAGAGACAAAAGUUGAAAAGAACAAUCGACAAUCUGUAGAAAAGAAAGUCAUCCGCCCGAAAAAAACCGAAGUGCUAGAAGAAACAAAACAAUUUCCAACCGAAAAACAAUCAGUCACAGAAAAUAAACCAGUCAGUAGUGCAAUAGAGUCACAGCCAAUGAUUGAAACACAACAGUCUACAAAAGAUGACAAACAACAUACACCCAAGGCUGUAAAACCACAAACAUUAGAAAUCCAAAAACCACAGGCACCGAAAGAAGUAGCUAAGCCACAAACACUAAAUUCUGAGGAACCAAACACACCGAAAGAAACAGUAAGGCAGACACUAGAAACUGAAAAACUACAAGCACCGAAAGAAGUAGCUGAGCCACAGACACUAAAGUCUGAGGAACCAAACACACCGAAAGAAACAGUAAGGCAGACACUAGAAACUGAAAAACUACAAGCACCGAAAGAAGUAGCUGAGCCACAGACACUAAAGUCCGAGAAAUUAGAGACGCCGAAAGAAACAUUAAGACAGACACUAGAAACUGAAAAACUACAAGAGCCGAAAGAAGUAGCUGAGCCACAGACACUAAAGUCCGAGAAAUUAGAGACACCAAAAGAAACAGUAGGACAGACACCAAAAAGUGAAAAUCCACAAACACCGAAGGAAGCUGAGAAACCAACGAUACCAGAAACGGAGAAACUAGAGACGCAUAAAACUGUAAAUCCACAGAAACCAAAAGAAACAUUGGAAACACACAUAUCAGAAGAAAUUCCCAUAAUCCCCACCAGUCACACUCUGACACAAUCGACUUUAGAAAUAAAGUCCACCGAAAAACCCGUACCACAGUCGUUGGGUGAAGAAUUGAAGUUAGCUACUGGAGAAUCCGAACCUUUACACUCUGCAACACACUCAGCAAACGAUAAAAUACCAGACGGAACAAACAAGCAAGGCUCAAACAGUCCCGACGUUCAGUCCCCACAAAUUACUGAAACAAAGUCGCCUGUAUACAACGAAAUCCCACAACAAAUUUCGAAUGAUUCACUAUCCAAACUAUCCACAGAACUACCAGAGACGAAACAAUGAGGAAUACUAUACUAUACUAUAUAUGUAUGUUUAAUUGGCUCACAAUAACCGAUGGUUGCUGAUUGGAUUAUUCUCACAUAUUUAAAGAGAACUACUCUUUCUGCGCAUUUCGUUCGCAAUUUUCUUUUUAAGCUUAACCCCGGGUGAUGGACAAUAUUUUCGUUUAUUAUUAAUUCAGAAAUUUUUAGCUUUCGGCAUAAUGAGAAUGGAUCAUGACUUUCGUGUAAUGUUUCCGAUAUUUCGAUACAAUGAUCAAACAAAUCAGCAAACCAGAAAUAUUUUGGAAUUUUUCAACAGUAUAUUUACCAAUUCUUAAUAGAUAUGCCACAACACUUUAAGACUGUCUUGUACUGAAUCUAUAGUUUGAUAUUAAGUACUGCCAAGAAAAACAGACCAGACACUAAAAUAAAUACAUUUUACUGCG